AUGCGUAGCCGUGGAAAGGGAAAAUCAGGAGAAGUGAAAAACAAGAAGUCUAGAAACGCACCGAAGACCCAUGAAGUUCGACCUGCUCCCACAACCGCAUUAACCACUGAUUCUGAUGACAGCAGUGAUGGGGAAAAUGGCAAUCCCGCAGGCGCGCAGGUGCGAUCCCAACGGGCGGCGCGAAGGGGUGAAACUGGGGGAAUGCGGCAGCGUCGCCAGGCUCCUACGUGUCGGCAGGAUGCGGGCGAGGAUGGCGAACGACCAGAUCCUACGGCAUCGCCUGAGGAGGGGGGCGGUCGUCCGCGUGAGCCCCUAAGCCGUCUACAGCGGAUGAAACAGGCAAAGGAGCGGGAGCGGGAGGCGCUACGCCAGGCCCACGAAGCCGAGCAGGUGGCUCGACGUCAAAAAAGGGAAGAGGCAACUCAACGGGAGGCGAAACGUGCCGAGAGUGAGGAGGAAUGGGAGGCUCGAGAAAACGCCGCGUUGGAGGAGCUGCGAGAGGCGAAGCGGAAGCAGGAAGACGAGGAGUACGCGAAAUGGGUUGGCCAGAUCGCGGUCGACGAGCGUGGGGAGCUUCAAGAGGAAACCCAUCGAAGACGCGAGGCGGUCGUCUCUUUUUUGAUUCAGCAUGCCAACGAGGUGGAUGCCAGCGUUUCUGUGCAUGGGAAGGGCCCCACAGCGACGUCGUUACCUGAGGAUCACGGCCGUGAGGACGGCGUCGAGAAACCGUCGAACAUCCUUGUGUUGCAGGAUACCUCGCGUCAGUUACAGGUCUCCGUGGAGGAGCUUGUUUCCGUGAUCGAGCAAUUGAUCCGAGAGGAUCGUCUCUUCGGUGUGUUUGACGAUCGUGGGAAGUUUGUCGUGAUGUCGGAGCGGCACUUUCCAAUGAUCGCGAAGUUUAUCACGCAGCGGGGACGCGUUUCAGUCACGGAGCUUGCACGAGAGUGUAAUCGUAUUAUUUUGAAUAGAGGAUCGAAAUAAGAAUGAGGAGGGUGAGGAAUGAUACGGACUUCACGCAACACGUGAAGUGUAGUCAUUGAUGCAUAUAGAAGCUUCUUUUCAAGCAAGCUUCGUAAGAAACGUGACUUCAUCCGAGCAAAGGGCUCUUCAUAGUUGUCUGUGUAUACGCACACGUUCGCUUUCUAUGUU